GGCAGGCUGCUGUCCUGUGGGAUGGAUGACGGCCAAGAGCAGGACAACUCUGAGGAGCGCCUGAAGGAGGUUUUCUACAGCUUUGACUCAAGUGGCUGCGGCUCUCUGAGUCCGGAGGAGCUCUCUGACCUCUGUCAAUCUCUGCACCUGGACAAUGCAACGCCUAUCCUUCUCCAUCAGCUUCUCCAGGACCAAGACAACUUCUCUGCCAGGGUUAAUUUUGACCAGUUCAAGCAUGCCCUCAUCCUGGUUUUGUCAUCAACCAUUGAGCCCCAAGCUGAGGAGGAACCCGUGUCAGAGCCAGAGUCUCCUGAGAUCCAACCGAAGUUUGUGAAAGGCAGCAAACGUUACGGCCGCCGCUCCACUCCAGAGUUACUGGAGCCGCCUCAGAACCUGUCUGAAGUUACCAACAUCAACGCAACCGCUGAGGAGGAUUUGGAGGACAACUAUGACUCGGCGGUUCCCAGGAAGCGUGAGCGCUGGAAUCCCAACGAAAGCAGCUCAGAGGAGUACGAGGCUGAGGGUCAAAUGCAUCUUUGGAACCCCGAUGAGCCAAGCACGCCCCGGGGAACAAGCGAGCCUCUGUCGGCCCGCGUGGAGGAGCGACUGCGUGGAGCUUGCGAGGAGCUGGAGAUGGACUGGGACGGCUGUGCUGCUCACUCUGAACUGCUGGCUCUGUGUGAACAUCUGGGCCUGGAGGUGAACAGUGAUGUCCGCCUCAGUCUGACUGAUGAUGGAGAGAUGAGCGUACAGGAUUUUUUCUCCAGAGUCGUGAACAACAACAAACCGCUAACGCCCUCCGCUUCCACUCCAUAUAGGCAACUCAAACGGCAUCACUCUACUCAGCCGUUUGAUGAGGGGGGGCGUAGAAUCUCUACUCUGACCAGCACCAUCGGCUUGCGUCUGUUCUCUACCCUUGAUGAUGGGAGCGGUUUCUCUCCGGCUGAAUACAUCCUGGAUGCCUGGAUAGAGGAAGGAAUAGAGAACAGCGCAGAGAUCCUCCAGGCUUUGAAUUUCGACCUGGAUGGAAAGCUGAGUUUGGGCGACCUCACUGUGGCCCUUGAAAACGAACUGCUCAGUACCAAGAAUCAGGUUCACCAAGCAGCGCUAGCAAGCUUCAAAGCUGAAAUCCGUUAUUUGCUAGAGCGAGUAGACAGAGAAGCCCGGGAGAAGGAGAAAAUCCGAUCUGAUCUGGAAAAAGCUGAAAAGCAGAAGACUCAGCUCGCCACUGAGGUUGAUGAGCAUCACUCUGCAAUCGAGCAAAUGAAUAACCUCAAUCUCAGGAAACUUGAACAAGACUACAAGGAGAAACUGGCGGCUGUACGAUCGGAGCUGAUGAAGGAGAUGGACCAGAUGCAGCAGCAGGCAGGUCUGCAGCGGGAAGAACUGGAGGCAGAGAUGGAGAAGAUCAGGGAAGAUGAAUCGCUGCUGAGAGAUCAUCUCUCUAUCUCACUGAAGGAAAACAGGCGACUGGAGGUGGAAUUGCUUGACAGCACUGAAAAGCUCACAGAGGCGCAAAGCCAAGUAACCAAACUCCAGGCGAAUUUAGAGAACAUCAUGAAAGAAAAGUUUGGAGACCUAGAUCCAGGCAGUGCUGACUUCUUUCUUCAAGAGGAGCGAAUUAAACAGCUACGCUGCAGCUAUGAAGAACAGUGCAGGGAGUUGCAGGAUCGAAUCGAUGAGCUGCAGUCAGAGCUGCGGGAGUUUCACACUCUUGGAAGAUCUCAUGAAUCCGGCGGUAAAACUCUGUCCGAGGAGCUGGAGAGCAAAAGCCCUGGCAUGGAGUCCGACCCAGGUAUCGGUUCAGACGAGGUUCAGCCUUUCAGCAUGAGCCUUGAAGCUGAGAUGUUGCUGGAGCAGCUGAAGGAGCGGCACCAUCAGGAAAUGGAGAAUCUACAAAACCAACUUGAAAGCAAGAUCAGUGAAUUUGAGAAAAUGGUGGAAGAACACAGGAUGAGCAAUGAAAACCAGAAAGCUACCCUGGUCCUCCAGUUCCAGCAGGAGGCCCAGGCUUUGAAGGAGGAGCUGGUCAGCGCUCAGAGCCAUGCUCAGCAGCUUCAGAACCAGCUCCAGCAGGCAGAGCUGGAACGGGCUCACCUGGAGCUAAAGCAGGCCAGUGAGAUGGAAGAACUCCAGAACCAGGAAGACGAUGAGGCUGGAAAUCUCAGACAGCAGCUGCUAGAAGCACAUACUCAGAUUGCUGAUCUGGAGGACCAGUUGAACUCUCUGGAAAGCCAGCAAGCAGAGAUGGAUGAAAACCUUCUCUCCAGAAUAGAAGAGCUGAGGAACCAACAUGCUUCAGAGAUUCUGAAACUAAAGGAGGAACAAGGACAGCUGCUAGAAGCUCGACUGUCAGAGGAGAGACAGAAGCUGCAGAGAGAAAAGGAGGAGUUGGAGCAAAGGUUAUUAGAUGACUGGGAAAGAGAGAAGGAUGCCCUGGAAGUCCAUUUAGAGGAGGCCAAGCUGGUGUUUGAGAAGGAGCGUGAUGAAAGGGUGAACGCAUUAACAGAAGAGUGGCAGAAGGAAAGCGCACAGCGAGAUGAGCAGCACAAGACAACUCUGCAGGUUCUGCUUGAGGAAGAGACGCUGAGACUAGUCAGGGAACAAGAGGAGAAGGAGAAGAAACUGUGGGAGCAGUGGGAGAGCCAACGAGCUCUGCUUCAGGAGCGUCAUGAGAAGGUCCUCCUGGAAAAAGUUCAUCAGGAAAGGCUGCAGCUGCAGGAGCAGUUUGAGCAAAGGGAGAGAGAACUAAGAGAAGAGUGGGAGAGGGAGAAACUUCAAACGGAAGAGGACUAUGAAAGGUUGAUCCAAGACAGGCUGACGGAGGAAAGAGGAAAAAUCCAGACUGAGAGAGAAGAGAAAGAGAGGAGGAUGAAGGAGCUGAUAGCAGAGGAGAGGGCUCGUCUAGAGGAGAGCCACGCAGCGGCCAUGAAGGAGCUCAUCAACAAGCAUGCAGAGGAGAGGAACGCACUCGGCGCCAUGUUGGACAAUCUGAGAGGGGACAUCAGUAAGGAAAGGGAGGCAGUUGAGAUCAGCUUCACCCAGAGAAUCAGAGACAUAGAAGAUCGUUUCUCAUGCGAUCAGGAAUCUACAGAAGAGCGUUUUCAAGCUCAGAUCUACAAACUUGAAGAGCGUUACCAAAGUGAGCUGAAGACCCUUUCCAAAAGCCAUGCUGAUCAACAGCUACUCUGGGAAAAGGAGAUGCAAAAAGUUCUGGAUGCUACAGAAGACCAAAGAAAAGCAGUAGAGGAAGCUGUAGAGCAGGAAAGAGAGAGAUGUGAUCAGGAGUGGGAGAAUGAGCGACAGGAGCUUGAAAAUAUUCACAGUGAAGAAAUGAAUAUGCUAAAGAUUGAGAACAGGCAGCUCCUAAAUGAACUGGAGGAAGGUACAAGCAGGGCUCAGAGUAAGGAAAUAGAGCUCAGCAUGCAGCUGAACGAACUCCACAGCCGCCUGCAGGAGAAACAUCAGCUCCUCUCACAGGCGGAGGACAGAUUAGUUCAGACGGAGCAGCUGCUAAAUCAAACGGUGGAAGAUUUUAAGCAGGAGAGGGCAGAACUCCUCGGAAACAUUUCUGAACUGCAGGCAAAAUGCACCGCGUUUAUUUCCCUUUCAGAGAGGCAGGUAGCAGAGAGGAUUCAGCUGCUGACAGAGCGAGACGAUUUACGGGUUAAAGUUGAAGAGUUGGAGACGCUUCUCAAACAAGCAGCGUUGGACUUUGAGCUUGAGAGGAAGGAAAUACUGGAGAAUCUGGUGGUUCUCGAGGAAAAAUUGAGAGAGACACAGGAAGUUGAUGUGGAGGCCCUCAGAGCAGAAAGAGAUGCUCUUAAAAUCAAGAUAAAGGAGCUGCAGGAAGAGCUUUUAUCUGCUUUAAAUGGGAAAAACUGGAAAGAGUCAAACCAUAUCAGUGCAUAUAUAGAGGAGAAAGAUGGUGAAUCCUGCCAAGCUCUGUCUGAUCCGGAUGAAGAUGUUUUAGAAAGUAUAGAUGAGGACGAAGUUGACUCUGACUCUGCUACCAUUGAGAUGGAUGAACAAGAAGUGUCAGAAAAUCAGGACAUGCAGCUUGAAAGCUCUGGUGUUUUCAGUGAGGGGUGUGAAGAUGAUGCUGCUGCUGUUCCUCCUGAUCAGAACCCUGGACAGCGAAGCCCUGAGCGAAGUGAUCCGGACUCACGAUCACCUGACGCCGGGUAUUUAUAUGUCGAAAACAACAAAGUCGUCGUUUCCCGUGAGGUUCGGGGUGAGGACGUCUCCCUGCUUCAGGCGUUUACUGACGGUAAAAAUAAAGUAGCUGCUGAGUCCUGCAACCAGGAGACCAAACCACAAGAGGACUGCGGAAGCUGUUUGCAUGCAGAUCAACAGCAUCAUGAGACUGUGGUUGGGGUUUUAACGCUGCAGGAGACAGCAGGUGACCCUGAGCUCUCGCUGGAGGAUGCUCAGUUUAAUUGUUUACUAAAUGGGUUUAGUAACCAACAGGAAAGUGACCUACUUCUCGAUUGUGAGCACAAACACCAGGAGAAAUCUGCACAGAAUAGUUUUGAAACUGUUGAUGAAGAGAAUCACGAGUUUGCUACUCUGAAAUUACAGGCGUUAUAUAACACUGCCACAGAGGAGAAUGUUCUGCUACACGAGAAGAUCUCCUUGCUUAAGCAGAAAACUGAAAUUCUCGAAAGUUUGUUGGAACACCACAGAGAAAAGUUCAACGCUGCUCGUCAGGCUUUGGACGAAAACUACAAGCUCAAAGUCCAAACGCUGCUGUUAGUGGAGCAGGUAAAAGAGCUGCAGGCGAAGCGCCUAAAAAUGGUGGAUCUGCAGAUCAGGUAUGAAGACUGCAUGUGUGAAAACGCCAAACUGAGGGACCAAAACGAUGCGCUGGAAAAUAGGGUUUGGAGCCUCGAGGGUAGGCUUGACAUUUUCCACGACUUUAGACAUCGGCACGCUUCGCUGGUGGACGAGAUCAGCCGGAUGAGAGCGGAAAACUCUGAGCUCUUCCACCUGCUGAAUGAAGUGGAGAAGCAGGAUGAGCUUUCAGACUCGACCUCUGACGGUGAACGAACAGAAAGACCCAUAGAGGAGACUUCUCUGCACUGCGAUCGGCUGGAGGAGGAAUCCGUGGAAGUUGGUGUCCAGGAAUGUUGCAGGGAAUUUGAAGAGGAGAAUGGCAAACUUCGCAGAGCCAUCGCAGAACUCCGAGACAAGUCGCAGAUAAUUAACCAAACCACUCAGGCUCAUAGAUCCGAAGCUGCUCGACUUGCCGAGGAAAACAUCUCACUGCAAAAAAACAUCUCUGCUCUAAAGGAAGGGGACCUAAAGGAGGCCAAGGACGAGUUGAUAAAAACUUUGGAGCAUUUGGAAAAAGAGAAGUCUGCAGCUCAACAAGCAGCUGACAUUUUCAACAAACGGAUUUCAGAGUUGCAGUUACAGAGCCAACAACUGGAAGAUGACAAAGGGACUCUAACAGAGAAAAAUGCUCAAAGUGUCGCUGACACCGAGGGUCUACGAGAGCAACUUGCAGAGCUGAUCAAGGAAAAUAAAAAGAGGGAGGCGUUCUACUCUGAAGAGAAAAACAAGAUGGCAGCUUGUGUCUCUGCUAUGGAGGCAGAUUUAAGGAAAGCUGUGGAGGACUGUGCCCAGCUGACGAAGAGAAAUGGCCAGCUCUCACAACAGCUCUCUGACCUCAAGGAGGAGGCGGUCCGUGUGGAAUCUGUGGAGAAUCAGCUCGGCCAUCUGGAGGAGGAGCGGAGGAUUGCGGAUAAGGAGAGCGCAGGUCUGCGCAACCAGCUAGCUAAAACUCAAGAGCAGUUGAAAUCUGCAGAUGAAAGCGUCAAAGUCGUAAACCGACAGAACAGUCGCCUGAAGUUUGACGUCCAGGUUUUGCAGCAGGAGAGGGAUUCCCUGAAGCAUGAGGUUACUGUGCUACGAAAACAACUGCAGAAUGCAAGCGAUAAAAACCAUAUUUUAGAGAUGGCCUUGCACUCGAGCGGCCUGCAGAGUCAGAGCAAGAAGCUGUACAGAGAAGGGCUCUCCAGGCUGAUGGAGCAGGAGCAGCAGCUGCUGAGGCAAGAAAACGAGAGGCUGAAAGCUGAGUUACACAGCAUCAACACUGAACUCGUCCAGUCCAGAGAAAAGAUCCGUCAACAUGAUGCUACAAUCCUCUCCCUGAACAAACAGAAACAACAAAGUCAUUCCUCCCUUCUGAGGGCCUUGGAACAGGAGAACGCCUCCUUGAAACAGGAGCUCAGUGCUAAAAGCGAGCUAACAAAGGGCUGUGAUGCUGAGCAAAGCAACACUGAACUGGAAAGUCUUCAACAACAAAACGAGGCGCUCAAGGCGCAGAUGUCUCGACUGUCAACGCAGCUGAUGGAGUCGUUUCAGGUGCAGUUCGGCGGACCUCUUCCUGCAUCACCUCAGAGGGGGCCAAGGGGACAGCAGCGUGGCGAGGAUCCAGACAACAUGCAGGAUGAAAGGGAGAAGAAGAUGAAAAACAUGGAGGAACGCAUGAAAGAAAUUGAACUAUCGCUGCAUAACGUCAAGCUGCUGCUGAAAGAGAAAGUCUCUCAGCUGAAGGACCAGCUGCAUAGAAAUGGCAAAGCAGAUGUGCUGAUCAAAGACCUGUAUGUGGAGAACUCUCAGCUGAUCAAGGCUCUGGAAAUAACCGAGCAGCGGCAGAAAAUUGCAGAAAAGAAGAACUACCUAUUGGAGGAAAAGAUCUCCAGCCUCAACAAGAUAGUCAGAGAUCUAAACCCGUCCACGAUUGCGUCUCUGCCGUACAACUACAAAUGCCCAUGAGGUGUCUCGUAAAAUACUCGGCAUAUUGAAGGAGUCGGUGGUGCCAACUUUAGCUGUGUAGAUACUGUGUAUAUUUAACUGCUGGGACGUUUGUGCAACAGAUCCAGCUGCAGACGCAGGAUAACUGAAGGGCUCUAAUGUAUGUAAACUUCACCACUGAAUUUGCAGUAUUUUAUUUAUUUUAUUUUUAUUGUUGGCUAGGCUUUUAAUUUCACAAAAAUCCAUAAUUUUUAAAACUUUUUUUUUGACUGAGAAGGUAGAAACUAAUG